GGUUAUAUAAAGUCAGACAUCUUUAAAUUUUGAAAUGGCCUUUGCACGUUCAAUACAAAAAGGUCAAAUUCCAGUUGGAUGUCAGUUAUGUGAAGGUGGAAAUAAGAUUCAAUGGAAAUGUAUUACAUGUGAAUCGCUCAUGUGUGACAAGUGUAAGAAUGGCGUCCAUCUAAAGAUUGGGAAAGAUCAUAAAAUUCUUAAUAUAAAUGAAAUAGGCAAAUCUGAAGGGUCAAAGGACACAAUAAAAUUCAGUGAAGUCAAAUGUGAUGAACAUUCUAACCAAGCUUGCUGUCUAUUCUGUAAAACUUGUAAUAAGUUUAUCUGUCCAAAGUGUAUCACCAUAAAAGUUCAUAAUGGACAUGAGUUAAUUGAAGAAGAAGACUAUAAUAAAGGCACAGUACAAUUGACUCCAAAACAGAAGAGUAAAAUUAAGUUAGAAAUAUCCAAAGUUUAUAAAACAGAUCUUAACAAUAUUCACUUUAUAGCCGUAUGUUCUGAUGGUUCUCUGUGGAUAGGGGAUAAUGUCAAAUCAAAGUUACAACAUGUCAAACUAAGGGAGAAUAGAACUGAAGUAAUAACAAGUCUUAAUACUCAGAUUUAUGGAAUGGCAAAAACUCAUUCAAAUAACAUUCUUGUUACAAAAGAUGAGACUAAACUCAAACUAAUCAACACCAUGACAGGGGAGAUAACUGAUUCCAGGUAUGAUGUAAAACCAUUGUAUCCAAUCAGUGUCUAUGUGACCAGUGAUCACAGAGUCAUCAUAGGAGCCAAUCCUGUGGAAGAGUUAUUACCUAUAACAAGACAAGGUGUAGUUAUUGUGAUGGAUCAGGAAGGAAAACAACUGAAGGAAUAUGAACAUGUCAAUCAUAAGAAACAAUUAUUUAGUUUGCCAAGAUUUCGAAAAAGUUCCAUAACAAAACCAUUAUUUUCCUUCCCUAUAUGUGUGACUUGUACUAGUAAUGGUAACAUCUGUGUGGUGGAUAUGUUAGAUUAUGAUCGAAGAGGUAGAGUGGUAGUGUUAUCACCAGGAGGAGACAUUCUAGGGACUUACACUGGUCACCCUGAUGUCAACACUGAGGAGAAACCAUUUACACCUGUAAGAAUACUAACCACACCAUUAGAUAGUAUCAUUGUUACAGAUGUUGACAAUCAUUUAUUACAUAUUCUGACUGACCAAGGACAAAGCAUUACCUACUACAAUCUCCGUGACAUGGGAAUCUUAGAUCCAUACUCCCUUGCUCUAUCCUCAUCAGGAACUAUAUUUAUAGGAUGUGUUAGUCCAAAAGAAAGUCCAGACACUGCUAAGGCCAAACUUUAUGAGUUAAACUAUUCUGGAUUCUAAAGAUUUCCCUUGCUCUGUAUACCUAAGGAACUAUAUCUAUAUAGGAGGUUUUAGUGAAGAACGAAGUAGAAAAACAAACUAUAUGAGUUCAACUUAAUUCUGGAUUCCGAUGAUUUCCCUUACACAUAAGGAUAAAAUAUGAUAUAAAUAAUAUAAAAAAAUCGGCUUAUGCCUGGACCUUUCUAUACAUUUAUUUAAUGUGUUAAUGAUAACGUAAGUUUGAAUUAUAUGGCUGUAUUCUAUUGAUUUUAGAAUUUGAUUUGAAAAUUAAUUUUUGAAAAAAUAGUAAAACUGUUAUCAGUAAAUAUCAGUUUGAUUGA